AUGGCCUUCGCGUGGAAAGCAGCUGGUCUUACCUACAACCGAUACCUCGCAGUCGCGGCCCGGGUUGUUCGCCGUUCCUUGAAAGAAGAUAAACGCAUCGCGGCAGAGCGUCGCGGCGAGAUGGAGCUACGAUUCGCCAAAUGGGAGAAUGGAAAGCAAGGCGAGAACAGGUCCCUGGCAAAGGCCAACGAAGCCAGCGUGGCGGAACAUUCAUCCUCAUAAAUUACAAGGCAUCCUGAAAAGAAUUGAAAUGCUAUCUGCUGUACAAGGCGAUUGGGAGGUCCACUGAGGAAGGGUGGAGACUUAGACACUGUGUAUACUGUACCAUAUCGCGCAGUCGGCUCUGCCGCUGCUUAGACACCCGAAUGUGCUACGCCUUCCAAGAGUAACUUCCAGUGACACACC